AUGAUGAUCUGUGUGGUAGCUGUCGGAUUAGGAUGCGACCUUCCAUUUGUUUCGUCAAUUGUUGGCGGUUUGUUUCCUGGUCGAGCCAUCGUCGUAAGCGGCAUGGUGUUGCAGCAGUUUGUGAGUGAUUCGAAGAGGUUCUGUAUCGAUUUAUGUUGUGGCUUAUUGGUGCAAGGUGACCAUAUGGACAACAAAGCACUUCACAUCAACCCACGCUUCGAUGUAGGUGGCGGUUGGUUUUCUGGCCAACCAGACCGCCAACUAGUUAUUAAUUCGUAUAUUAGCAAUCGAUGGUGUACAGAGGAACGUUUCCCUAAUCCAUUUGAACCGGGAAAGCCGUUUCAAUUAAGGAUACUCGUCCUUGAGAAUUAUUUUAAGAUUGCAGUGAAUGGAAAGCAUGUUUGCGAUUAUCCCCACCGGGUUCCAGUUGAGGAGGUGAAAACAAUUUACAUAGGAGGAAACAUUCGCGUGGACUUCAUCGAAUUUCAACCAGCAGUAGGUCUAUUAGAUCCUAUUUACUUCUAA